AUGUGCGGCCGCUGUGAUGAGCUUCUCGACAUUUGUCGGGGCCCGUCCCUCUCUCUCUUGGACCGCAUCUCCAUCCUUUCUCAUCGGCUCUUCACCACAGACCAGGGCCGGCCGAACUUCGGCGAGCCGACCGACCACGUCCUCUUCCUGUCACUGAAGACCCUCCUCGGCCAGCUCACCAUCGCGCAUUUGGGCAUCACCGAAGAGCGCCUCCGCUCGCAGCCGCCCAACCAUGUGACAUACUACGAGGUGUUGCACACCCCCUACGUGUCGAUGGGAGUCUUCCUACUCGGCUGCGGGGCCUACCUCCCGCUCCACGACCAUCCCGACAUGACGGUCAUCACGUCGGUCGUUCGGGGCAGUGUUCGCCACCAGGCCUUCGACUGGGUGGAAAACACCCCCCCUCAGGCCCUCUUCCAGAAGCCGGUCGGCGGGUUCAACUUCCGGCCCAUCCCCCUGGCCCUCCCUGGGCCCGGCGAGGGCACGACCCCCUGCACCAUGGCCACCUCCGGGGCCGCUGCCACCGUCACCAGCAUCGAUGCCCUCCCGGUCGGCACCUCGGCCGCCCAUGUCUGCCCCGGCGAUGGGGCUCCCCCGGCCGGGGGGGUGGCUUCGCCCGGGUCGGCCCCGGUGUGGACCCCCUGCGGGUCGGCCUCCUGUUCAUCCUCCUGCUCGGCCUCCUCAUCCUCUUCCUCCGGGAGCCUGGCCGCCGCUGGGGAGAGCUCCGGCCUGGAUGCGACAUUGGCCGGCUCCUCGGCCACCGCCGCCGCCGCCGCCGCCGCCGCCGCCGCUGCCGCCGCCGCCACCACCACCACCGCCACCGGGGGCGGCGGGACGCGGCCGGCCGUCCGGUCCCCCUACGGCAUGGCCAAUCCCACCCCGCUUUCCAGUGCCGCCCCGGCUGCGGCGUCCCUCGGCUCGGACUCUGCGCGGGCCGUACUGGACACCAUGAGGAACCAGGCCCUCCAGAGCCUCCGGCAGACUGUCCGGUCCUUCGGCGGCCGGGAGGCCAUCCGCAUUGCCGACCAGGUGGUCGAGGCGCCGGCUCUGCACACGCUCUUUCCCACCAGCGGCGGGAACAUCCACGCGUUUGCUGCCCUGCCGGAUGCCCCAUCAGUUCUUUUCGAUAUUCUGGCCCCGCCAUACUCCGAGGACGAUGUGGCCUACUGCCCGGAUGGCGGUGAGGCUGUUGCUUCCUCUCGCUCCUCCUCCUCUUCACACGAAUGUCCCUCCGGGGCAACCAGCGCCAAUAAUGGCGCCGCCUUCUCCAUGGGCAAACUCUCGACCAGCAGCAUCCCCUCCGGUGUGGAGGAGGUUUUCGCUGGCGGCGCUGGCGGCGCUACCGGGCCUUCGUUGACUAGCCUGCUGCUGAACCACUCGCGCGAGGUGUCUCCCCCGCCGUCUCCGCCGUCGGCCGAAGCCCGGCACUUUGCCGCUCCCCUCGAGGGGGCCUGGCCCGCCCACGUUUCUCUUUCCCCGACGGGCAGCGCCGGGGGGAUGGCGAUGUCUGCCACGGGCGUUCCAAGCCCCAUCGGCACUGGGGGGCUCAUCAGCGCCGCCGGCACCACCACUGGUACCACUGCUGCCGCUGUUGGCGCUGCCACCAGCAUGGACGCCGCCUCUCCCACGGCCCUGGGCAUCGCAGGGGUCGACACUGACGGCGGGCAUUCCUCCACUCCCGGGCCUUCAUCUGGCGCUCCUCCGCCUUGUACCUUCCACACUUGCCCCAAGUUUGGGUCGGCUCUCACGGCGGCCGCCCAGCUGGCGGCCCUUCCGCUGACAGCCUCCGGCCUGCUGUCUCAGUUCGACGGCCUGGAGCUGUCUGUCCUGGCCGGCCAUCACCAAGCGCCGGCUGGGCACCACCUGGAUGGCCGGUGGCCGAUGAUGCCGGGCACGUCUUCCGGGCCCGGGCUGCCGCUGCCCCUGCAUCCGACCCGGGUGAGCUCGUCCUCCUCGGAGGAGGAUGUUGCCCGGGGGGGUGACCCCUUGGGGAGUGGCAGCGACCAUGGCAAUGCCGGCCCCGGCAUCAGCAUCAGUAGCAACAGCAGCAGCAGCAGCAGCAGCAGCAGCGGCGGCGGCGGCGGCGGUGGCGGCGGUGGCCCCAUGAGUGGUGGUGGCGGCGGAGUUGGCCCACUGGCCGAGCAGUUUGCGUCGGUGGGCUUCGGCUCGCAGCCACCUUCGCCCCGGGCUGCCGAGGGGCUGACAUCGGCUCCUGGGCCCUUCGAGCGGGCUUCCUCCUCGCCCUCCUUCUUCGACUCCGGGAACCAUAGUCCCCGGCCGAUGGAGGGGUCGGUUUCUCUGGCGACGUCGGCAUCUUCCUCGUCGCUGUCGCUGGCGGUCCCGGCGACUGGGUCGUCUGCUGCGGUAAGCUGCUCGGCCACCCCCCUGGCCGGUGGUGAUGGUGGUUCUUCAGUUUCUUCUCCCUCGCCUCCGGGGCGUCUGCCCAACGCCGGCGGUAGCCCGCUGCCGCCGGCCCUGGGCCACGAAUCGGGGGAGGGGACGGGACCUGGAGCAUCGCCGGCAGCCGCGGCGGCGGCGGCGGCGGUGGCUGCUGUUGCUGCGGCGGCAGCCGCGGCCGCCGCCGUCGCCGCGGCCGCCGAAGAUCGCCGGCGCGACUGCACCUACUUCAGUGAGUUUUUGAUUGACGGCCAUCAGCGCGCUUCCAUCGGGAUCCCGAUUGGCUUGGCCUUCUUGACGCCAGCCUUCCCGGAAUAUUCCUCCGAUGUGGAAGCCUAUCAUGGGACACAGAUCCACCAUGUUUUGGCGGAUUCCUUCGGGGCGUAUGCCUCGUCUGACGUGGAUGAGGGCGACUUUCCGGAGUGCCCGGCACUGACGCCCGUGGUGCCGACUGGGGACACCUCGCCUGGCGUCGGCCCCGAUGGCUACGCGUCCAUCUUUUCGCUCAAGGUGUCAGAUGGCCUUGCGGGGCCGGCCAUGUCCUCGAGCAUGGCUGCCGGCGCGGGAGCCUCCGGUGCAGCGGUGGUCCGGCCAUCCGGUGGUGGCACCGCCUCGGCCGUGUCGCCGCUGGUGCUAACUCCGAAGGGCUGACAUCCUGCACGGAGUCAUCUUGACCCACGGGCAUCAUGUGUCUGUGUGUAUGCGUGUGAACGCGCGUAUGCGUGUGUGUACUGGCAUGCGACACCGCCAUGCUGUCUGUCUCUCGAUCGCGCGGGGCCUGCCCAACACGUCCUGCACAUGGCCGCCUUCUCUCCCUCCCCCCCCCCCCCCCCCCCUCUCUCUCUCUCUCUCUCUCUCCCUUGUCCUCAACUUCUGGCCGUUCGCCUCCCUAUUUUUCUCCUUGCCAGCCGAGGAGAGGGAUGUGCCACUGUUGAAUGGGGGCCCCACCCUAUCCUGUGGGUGUUCCUGCCCACCCAGAUGGCUUUCAGGGCGAUGUGUUCUCUCGUUCGGGCCCGUCCCUUCGAUUGCCCCUCGCCGCAUCGCUGCUCCCCCCUCUCUCCUCUUCCCUCUCCCUAGACACUUUGCCUCGCUCCGUCAAUUUGCCACUUCCACCCCAAUCGGAGGAGGACCACUGCCUGUACUUGUCAAGCCCCCCCCCCCCAUGUUUCGUUGCCCUUCUCUCGCACGAAACUCGACUACACUCCCCCCUCUUUCACA